CAUGCGGAUCCUCGUGAGCUUGCUCGCACCGUUCUUGGACCUUGCAUUUCCGAAUGCUAAUCCCCGAAUUUUCUCGGACUGCCCAGCAUGGAGGACAGGAGUAUAAGGAGGGCCUGCCCUCGUGGUUCAGCACCUGGAUUCACAUUCUUCUCAAACCCCAGUCUCCAUCCUGACCAUCGUGGCCUAUCUCUCUAAACAGCACAUGUCCCUUUCCAAUGGCUGUGAACAUGAACGUGAACAUGCCUCCCUCCGGCAAAGAGUCGUGGCCAACCUCUCCUCCCUACAUCGAAUUCCACGAUCCAUUUUCCGCCGCGUCGCUCGCCUACACAAAACCUCUUUGUCUGGACAUGGACACUGAACCCAGUCCCGGUAGACCUGAGCGCCCGGCCCUAGCGGUUCCCAUGACACCGUCAUCGCCGGGCUGGCCCAACCACGAACCAUAUGUUUCUCAGGGCCAGGGGCUUCCGCGCACAGGCGCGGAAGAUACUCCCGAGCCGCCGGCCGACUUCACGUCGGACCUCCUUGAUUCCUGGUACCCGCGCUACCUGGGCUGCACACAAUUCUUCGUCGCGCACGCGCAACACACGCCAGCCGUGCAAUCACUGGCGGCAUUCCUCAAUAUUCGACUCCCGUGCCAGCAACCGGGGUCCACAGGAGCGCAUGUGUCAUUGCGGACGUAUAUCCGACGACUCAUUGUGACGGGGCACGACAGUCCGAGCGUAUUGGGGGCAUUCUUCGGGGAGGAUUGGGCGGGGGGAGUAGGGAGCAUGGUCAAGCAGGAACGGGUGAACUAUCUGUUUACGGCGAAAAGCGGCGGCUGGGCGUCGACGAAGGCGGCGUACGACAUUCUGCCGGACGAGCAGACACCGUUUUUGCGGCCGCUGCGGGCACCGGCGGAGGACGAACUACGCGAGGCGGAAUCCCGCUGGAGUGAGUGGUUGGCGAUGGAGGAUUGGAUGGUUGGACCUCGGAGUCCGUGGUGAUUGUGUAAUGAUAGUUAUGAUGAUGAAUUUCCUAUGUGAAUUUUCCUUUGUCAAGUUUAUUCCUUAUGUCGCAUAUCCCUGCUAACUAGUUAGUUAAUGUAUUAAAUACUUAGUAAUCAA